AUGCCCUACCUGGCGAGUCCGCUCUCGUUGGGCCACAUGCAGGGCACCGACUAUCUAAAUUCGAUGCCCGGCCUGGAUCUCCCAGACCAGCGAUCCAAUUUCGACGCCGAAACAUUCAUCAGUGGCGACGACAUGAGCUUCUCUCAGGCCAACCUACCUCAAUUACGUCGUUUUAGCUCUUACGAAGAAGCUUUCCCUGCACCUGCCGAACUCCUCCCUCCAUUCGAAUCCGUAGCUGCUGAACAACAAAACGCUGAUUCCAUUGAGGGCAACCACAAGCUGCUCUCUUUCUCUCUCCCCGUGUACGGCUUCACACUCCUCGAUUACUCCCUUCGCCGCACUUCCUUGAAUGUCUCUGCGCAGCUGCACGGUAUGUUUUUCCUCGCCGAGUCACCGUGGACAAACUCCCCGAACGAGGUACCACCUCCGCACGUAGCGGAACUGACAUGCUAUCGCCGCAACCUGUUCCAAAUCACCGGUUCCGUGACUUUGCCUCGCAGUCUGCGUUAUAUUAUGACCGAACAAGGCGACCGGAUUCCGAUUCUCGCCCAGGAGUUGACCGUCUCUGCCACGGAGUCGGUGGAGGGUAACCCCGUGAAGAUCAUCUCCGUUCCGUGGAAGACGCCGGCAGCCGCUGUUGCAAAUGGAAGCACUUCUGCUCCACCCCCUGCAUCUGAGGAGAAAGCUGAGAAGGAGCCACCUUCAAUACCGCUGGAUACUAUGGCUGCUGGCCAGGACAUGGAUUCAGAUUAUGCCACCUUCCCUAUCGCUUGGAAGCGCCUCCAGUUUCGGAUAGCCACCGCCAACAAUGGCCGUCGUAAGGAAUUGCAACAACACUUUGUUGUUCGUCUUAAGGUUGUGGCAACGCUUUCGACAGGAGCUAAGAUUCCCAUCUGCGAGGUCCACUCGGGACCAGUCAUUGUGCGUGGUCGCAGCCCACGCAACUUCCAAUCCCGCAAGGAUCUCCCCCUUAGUGGCAGUGCUGCUUCCUCAAGGAAAAACCAGCAGGCAGCUGCACGAAACAGUGCCAUGGCUGCUGAAGCUCAGGCAAAGGCUACAGCCGCGUCCACGAACAAAAACACCAACUCGCCAUCAGAAAUGUCUCAGAUCUUCUCCUUCGAGCCUCGGAAUACUUCCUCCCCUCCAUUUGCGGAUUGGACACAGAUUCCCGCUCCAGCCACAACAGGUGCUAUCACAACGCCUACCUUUGCUCAUUCUCACGGGAUGCCGCCAUAUCCUCAGUCAAGUCCAGGCGUGUCUCGCAGCACAGAACACCGAGGGAACGUUGUGGGAACGCCUCCGAUCAACCUGUCACUGGUGGAAGAUGAUUUCAAAACGCCUAGUAAGCCGACGGAUUCUCACCGGGCGGUCAUCUCUCGAGAGAACAGCUCGAGUGGCAUACCGGUCACCGUGGCUGGACAAAAGCGUUCCAGUCCAGAAGCCUCUGGUGCGCCUCCAGCAAAGAUGCAGAAGAUGGUGCCUAGCCUGUCGAGACCACGUCCGACACGCUCCAUCUCGGCAUCGCUACCAUUGCUACAAACGUCAGGCCCAAUGCAGCAGCCGUACCAUGCGGCGCCAUCCUCAUAUCCUACUUCAAUGUCUUAUUCUGGAGAAUCAGCCGAUCUACUCUAUGAGUACUUUCCGUUGAGCGUGGAUGACUGGCAAUCACCAGUGGAUGCGGUGUACCGGCCUCAUGUGGUACAUCACACGCAUAUGCCGAUGGACUAUAAGUUUAUGGCAGCCCGGAAUCGUAGCAAACGAUACUUUGCAGCUGAAGACGUUUGCUAG